UAUCCAUUUCGUCUCUUCGCCGCCAUUUCAGCCGUCCAGGAGCGCAGUGAUUAGGCAGCUUAGUAUAAUCGCGUGAUUUGAUAAAUACACCAAUAAUUUUAGCUGUUACUUGUUUUGACGUAAUUUGCAUGUCAGGAGAAGAAGAAACGUUAAAAAUGUCGUCUAAUGCUGCCCCAGAGAAACAAGGCCAAGGAAAUGCAGUGAAUGGAAAGCCCAGCCAUGAGUCCAGGAAGGAGAGAUCCUCCAAGCGAGGAGGUGGUAGAUACGAGCCCUAUGCCAACCCCUCCAAGAGAUACCGGGUUUUUGUGAGCAACAUUCCCUAUGAUGUCAAAUGGCAAGCGCUAAAGGACCUAAUGAAAGAAAAAGUGGGUGAGGUAACGUACGUGGAACACUUAAUGGACGCGGAAGGCAAAUCAAGGGGUUGUGCGGUGGUUGAGUUUAGAACUGAAGAACUAAUGAAGAAGGCUGUGGAUAAAGUCAAUAAACACAACAUGAAUGGACGUCCUUUGAAAGUCAAAGAGGACCCAGAUGGUGUGAUUGCCCAGCGUGAAGCCCACAGGUCUCAAGGUGGUGGUGGUGGAGGACCUCUUGGUGGAAUGGGUGGUGGAAUGGGUAUGGGACCUGGACCUGGUGCUCCCCCCAUGGUCAACAUCCCGCCAAGUCUCUUGGACAAUCCAAACAUUCCUAAUGAGAUCAUCCAUGGUCUUCAAGCUGGCAAGAUAGGAAGCACAGUUUUUGUGGCAAAUCUUGACUAUAAGGUGGGCUGGAAGAAGCUGAAGGAGGUGUUCAGCAUGGCUGGGGUGGUUGUCCGCACAGACAUCCUCGAGGACAAAGACGGGAAGAGCAGGGGCAUGGGCACAGUCACUUUUGAAAUGCCCAUUGAAGCUGUGCAAGCAGUCUCCAUGUUCAAUGGUCAACUGCUGUUCAAUCGAACCAUGCAUGUAAAGCUGGAUGAGAAAUCUAUGCCCAAGGGUGACUUUUCACCCCCUGAGAGAGCACCUGCACUACCCCGUGGUCUGAGUGGUAUUGGUCUGGGACUAGGGCCUGGUGGACAACCCAUUGAUGCUACACAGCUGAACCGUGGUGCAGGGAUGAACAAUAUGGGGCCUGGAGGAAUGGAUGGGAUAGGAUUUGGUGGCAUGAGUAGAAUGGGAGGACUGGAUAAUUUUGGAGGGGGAAUAAACAACGUUGAUCGAUUUGGGCCGUCUGGAAUGGGAAGGAUGAACGACAUGGAUCGGGGAAUUGGGGCUGCCUUUGAAAGAGAAUUUGGUGGUCGCAAUGAGAUGGGCAUGACCCGCAAUAACUUUGGAGACUCUUUUGACCGAGGAAUGGGUAAUUCCAUGGGAAUGGAUCGCAUGAGUUCUGGCAUGGACCGACUUGGUGCCAAUGUGGAUCGUAUGGGCAGUCUGGACAGAAUGGGGAUGGAUCGUAUGGAGCGUCUGUCUGACCUGGACAGGAUGGGUUCUGGCUUUGAUCGUAUGGGCUCCAGCAUGGAUCGACUGGGACCCAGUAUAGACAGGCUGGGGUCUGGCCUGGACCGUAUGAGCUCUGGCAUGGACCGCCUGAGUCAAUCCAGUUUUGACCGCCUAGGUCCAUCCAGCCUGGAGCGCAUGAGUGCAGGCAUGGAUUUUGCCUCACCAAUGGGCAUGGACAGAAUGAAUGCUGGUCUUGACCGCAUGGGGUCCAGCUUUGAGCGCAUGAGUUCGGGUGGGUUGGACCGCUUCCCAGCCCCAGGAAUGGACCGCAUGGGAUCCAGCAUUGACCGCAUGGAUCGCAUGGGCUCUGCUGGUGUGGGAGGACAGUUUGAUCGAGGUGCAGAUAUGGACCGUGGUAACUUUGGCAGCUUCGGUUCAGCAGGGCAAGGAGGGCCGGGAGCUGGAGCCAGUGCCAGAAAGGGCUGCCAGAUCUUUGUCAGAAAUCUGCCAUUUGAUUUUACCUGGAAGAUGUUGAAGGAUGCCUUCAAUUCAUGUGGUAUGGUGCAGUAUGCUGAUAUCAAGAUGGAGAAUGGCAAGUCCAAGGGUUGUGGUGUGGUUCGUUUUGAUAGCCCUGAAACAGCAGAGCGUGCUUGCUGUACUAUGAAUGGCUAUCGACUGAAUGGCAGAGAGAUUGAUGUGAGGAUUGACAGAAAUGCGUAAUCCUCCACCAUCCUGCCCUAUCUGCUUUCUACACUUCUAUACAGAGCUUUCCAUGUUUGUUCAUUACAUUUCUACUAAAGCAAAACUGGUGCUGGUUUUGCUUGUUUAAGUUUUUAGAGACCAAAUUUUAUUUUUCUUACCCUCCCCACGUUUUAUCCUUAUGCUACCCAGAAAUAGCCCAUGAUAAAGGUUUGACAAUAAAUCUCAAGUGUUGAAACUUG